UUCAACUUGUUUUACAGUUUUUCCUUCGAAACGACUAUUCAUUCUCUGCAGAAAAAGUAACGUGGUGUCUUAAAACAGUCUCCAAUAUGAAAAUGACAGAGGAGUUGAAAAACCUUGUGUGACCAUAUUCAUAUAAUGUCAUUUGUAACCAAUCUCAAUCGAAAUAUUAGAGGACUCUGUACAGAGGGUCGCUUGAAAGAAGCUCUACACAUUUUGCUUACUACCCACAACACUCCCAUAGAAAUUUCUACAUAUCUUCAUCUAUUGCAGGCCUGCAUUGCCGAGAAAACACUUUCCGCGGGCAAGCAAAUCCACUCUCAUAUCAAUGGCUGGGGAUUUGCGUUUACCCCACACACACUUUUACCAAAUAAACUUAUCAACAUGUAUGACAAGUGUGGAAGUUUGGCGGAUGCUCGCAAAGUUUUCCAUGACAUGACUGAACCAGACGUUUUCUCAUGGAAUAUGAUAAUUUCAGCUUACAGAAGGCACGAACUUCCUCAAGAAGCAUUGACUCUCUUUUACAAAAUGCAACGAACAGCUAUCCAACCUGACCAGUUCACUUUCUCCAAUAUUCUUCCGUCAUGUGCCAAUGUUGCAUCGAUAAAACAUGGUUUGCAGAUACAUGGAAAAAUCGUUAGAUGUGGAUUUCUAUCCGAUGGUAUUGUGAUGAAUACCCUAAUAGACAUGUAUGCAAAAUGUGGGAGAAUUUCGAAGGGCCGCCAAUUGUUUGACAAAAUGCAUAAUGCAGACGUGAUCUCUUGGAAUGCGAUGAUUACAGGAUAUGCACGAAGUGGUAGUCUUGAAGAGGCUUUAAGACUUUUCAAAGAAAUGCCUAGAGGAAAUGUGGUCUCCUGGACCGCAAUCAUUGCUGGGUGUGUGCAAAAUGGCUUUGUUGACAAAGCUUUGGAAGUUUUUCAGGAAAUGCAAUUGGCGGGCGAAAAGCCAGACUCGGCAACCUUCUCGAGCAUCCUCCCAGCUUGUGCGAAAAUUGGAGAUAUGAAGAUGGGUAUGGAGAUUCAUCGUAAGAUAAUUGAAAGCCAAAAUGUGUCGUAUAUAAUGGUUACAAAUGCCCUUAUAGACAUGUAUGCAAAAUGUGGAAGCAUAAAAAAGGCACGCGAUCUGUUUGGUAAAAUGCCCCAGCGAGACGUAGUCUCAUGGACCACAAUCAUUGCUGGAUGUACCCAAAGUGGGCUUGUUGAGAAAGCCUUAGAGAUUUUUAAACAAAUGCAAUUUGUUGGUGUAAGGCCUGACUCAUCAACCUUUGCCAGCAUCCUCCCAGCAUGUGCCAAACUUGGAGCUCUGAAACAGGGGAUUGAGAUCCAGCAAAAAGUAAUUGAAAAUGGUUUUUGGUCUGAUGUAGUUGCGAAUGCUGUAAUUGACAUGUAUGCAAAAUGUGGAAGCAUACAUAGAGCUCGUGAACUGUUUGAUAAAAUGAAUAACCCAGGUGUAGUAUCGUGGAAUGCAAUGAUAGCAGGAUAUGCAAUGCAUGGCUAUAGCAAGGACGCCUUUGAACUCUUUAAACUAAUGAAGCACUCAGGAACCAUCCCCGACCAAGUAAGUUUUCUUUGUAUUUUAUUUGCAUGUAGCCAUGCUGGUCUAGUGGAUGGUGGCUGCAUCUAUUUCAAUCUUAUGAGUACGUCUUAUUCAAUUAUGCCUAUGAUGGCCCACUAUGUAUGCAUAGUUGACCUUCUUGCCCGUGCUGGCUAUCUUGAAGAAACCUUAAACUUUAUCAUCAAAAUGCCAGUCAAGCCCGAUGUGGCUGUGUGGAUGUCUUUGCUUGGAACCUGUAGAUCACACAAGAAUAUACGGCUAGGAGAAUUUGUGUCAACACUCCUUUUUGAGCUAGAUCCUAAACAUGAUGCACCUUAUGUUCUUUUAUCAAACAUAUAUGCAGAAGUAGGCAAAUGGGGUGAUGUUCAAAAAUUAAGGAAGCUGAUGAAAGAUAGAGAAGUUAAAAAGAUGCCUGGAUGUAGUUGGAUUGAAGUCCAUAAAACAAUACAUAUUUUUUGUGUGGGAGACAAAUCACACCCACAAACACAGGAAAUCUAUGCAAUGUUAGAGAAAUUGUCUUUGGAGAUGAAAGCGGCAGGGUAUAUUCCAGAUACAAGACCUGUACUUAAUGAUGUGGAGGAGGAGGAGAAGGAACUACUUCUCUGCCACCAUAGUGAAAAGUUGGCAAUUGUAUUUGGGUUGUUAAACACAACCCCUGGAACAACUAUUAGAGUUGUCAAAAACCUUCGAGUGUGUGGGGAUUGCCACACUGCAACCAAGUUUAUCUCCAAGAUUGUUGCAAGAGAAAUUAUUGUGAGAGAUUCAAACCGUUUCCAUCAUUUCAAGCACGGGCAAUGUUCUUGUGGAGAUUUCUGGUGAUAGUAAAGGAAGAAAACUAUAUAGACAAGCUUACAAUGAAUAAGGUGCAUGGUGUCAAACUUACAGUGUUCAUUUUUGUAAUACCAUGGAGGAGUUGUGACAUUGAACUCUUUGUGAGGAAGCUUGUAAAGCUGUGGGCUGAAGAGCUGAAGGAGGCAGAAGAAUAGGAAAUGCCAAAUGAUAAGGAUGCUUGAAUGGAUUUCUUCCUAUCUCGAAGGAAAUGUGAAAUGAGAAGGAUGCCUAAAAAAAUGAAUAUUUUCUCAUCCUAAAGGAAAUGCCAAAUGGGAAGGAUGCUUGAAGGGAAUGGAAUCCUUCUCAUCCAGAAGAAAAUGUCAAAUGAGGACACUUGAAGGGAACAGUUCUUCUGCCAGAAGGAAAUGAGAGGGAUGGGAUUACCACCAAGGGAAUGCUUGGUUACAUGAGGAGAGCAUAUAUUGGUUCGGAUGUAGUUCUAUCUUAGUGAUUGUCCGGAUUAGUUCUAUAACCCUGUGCCUAUGCAUGUCUGCUAUUUGGGCCGGAACUUUAUUCAACAAAUUAUAUUAUGCAAAUUUACAGCUAUUCAGGUGGAUUCUGUGUUGUUUAUGAUCACAAAAUACCAUGGACAUUUUGUGAAAAAUAGCAAAGCACUGGUACGAGGAGCCUACAAAUCUCUCUUUUGAAAUAUAUGUAAAUCUGAUUUUCCAUAUGACUGCUGGGCAUGUAACCCUCCUUUUGGGUGCAUGACUUUUCACCUUAGAUAUGUUGUUCAAAUCCUGUAUUCAGGUGUUGACCUCGUGACCAGACUGGGGAAUAAACUGAGCCUUGUAAAUCUAUUUAAAUUUG